AUGCCUAUGGGUUGUUUGUUUUGUGAUGCAUGUGGAUCGUAUGAUCAUGACUCUAGUAAUUGUCCUAAUGAAUGUGUUGAUGAGUUUGAUAACAAUGAGAGUGAGCAUGUGAAUUAUGUGUCAAAUAAUAAUGCUCAAAGGUUUGAUAAUCAAAGAGGUCAAUGGAAUAGGAAUUACCAAAACCAAGGCAAUUUUUACAACUAUAAUCAAGGUGGUGGUUAUAGAAACCAAGGGAACCAAGGUUCCCGUGGUAGCUAUAAUAACCAAGGGAAGGGCAAUUUUCAAAAUAAUGCUCAAAGAGGUCCCCCACCCGGAUUUGUUCCAAGGACUCAAGGAGAAAAUUCCUAUUCCCAACCAUCUUCACCUAGGACCAAUUUGGAAGAAAUAAUUGAGAAUCAAACCAAGUUGUUGAACACAUACAUGGCCGUUAGUGAUAAGAAGUUCAAUGAAAUGAUGACCCACAAUAAAAUGCUUGAAAAUCAAAUUUCUCAACUUGCUAAUGCUUUGAAAGAUCAUGCAAGCCCUUCUUCUUUACCUUCCCAAGGUCUUGAUCCCAAGAAACACGUGAAUGCUAUUGUUAAUAGGAGCGGUAAGGUUCUUGAGGAGAGAUUGCCUAGGAAGGGUGAGGAUAAGGAGAUUCCUAAGAAAGCCUUGGUUGAGAAUGAGGGGGUUAGGGCAUCAUUGGAUGAGGUUGUGGUUGAGACACCUAGAGAGGUGAGAGUAGAGAAAGAAAUUGUGAAAACCAAGCUCCCUUACCCAUAA